AUGACAGCUCCCGUGACGACGCUGGUCAUCCCCGGAGAAGGACCCAACUGUGAGAACAACUUCACCAUGAGCUUCUACGUCCCCGCCGCCCACCAAGACAACCCGCCCACGCCCACCAACCCUGACGUGUACAUCGAAGAGCGACCGGAACUGCACGUCUUCUCCAGGAGGUUCCACGGGUUCGCCAACGACGAGGACUGGAUCGUGAACGCCGCGCAGCUUCACGACGACCUGGUGGCAGCCGGCGAGGAAGGCGUCGACUUCCAGACCUACUACACUGUUGGCUACGACUCUCCCUUCGUCAUCAUCGGCCGAAACAACGAAGUCUGGUUCAUGAAGAAUGAUAUGAAUUGAUAAACUACUCCAAUCAACUUUGUAAUGUUAGCUUAUUUAUUAUUUAUUAUUUUAGGUACUGAUAUGCAAAAAUAAAAAGUGUAGUACG